AGUGUUAGGAGUGACAUGGGGCUACCACCAAAUUCAUAUAUUGGUGGUCCUAGCGGUGCUAGUGACAUGGGGCCGAUACCUUAUGGGAACUAUGGAGGAACUGGAGGUGGGAUUGAGAUGGGGUUGCCUUAUGGGAAUUUUAUAGGUGCUAGUAGUACUGGAGGAAGUGAGAUGGGAGUCCUGCCUUAUGGGAAUUAUGGAGUUAACAGUGGUGUGAAUGUGAAUGAUCACAUGGAGCUCCCUCAUGGGAAUUAUGGAGCCACUGGUGGAGGAGGAAAUAAUAUGGGGAUGGGGUUUCCUUAUCAUGGGAAUAUGAGAGGUGCUGCUGCUGGAGGUGACAUGGGGGUUGGCAUGAUGCCUCAUGGAGGUAACAUUGGAUCUGGAGGAGGUGGAAGUGACAUGGGGCUGCCUGGGUACUAUGGAGGAGGCAGUGCUGGACCUGGAAGUGAUGCAGGGCUGCCUUAUGAUGUCACCAAAUCAUGGCAACAAAGAAGCAUUACUGGGCCUGGAAGUGAUGCAGGGCUGCCUUAUGAUGUCACCAAACCAUGGCAAGCUCACUUUUUCAAUCCUUAGAUUUUGGAUCCUAGAUCUAAAAGAAACUAUUUGGAGGUAGCAGUGUUGGAAGUGAUGCAGGAUUGCCUUAUGAUCCAGACAAUGGCCUUACUUUAUCAUCCGAAGAAUGGCCUUACUUUUUCUCUCCUUAUAUUGGAGCAGUUUCUUUUCUAGUUUUGUUGUUUGAUCUAA